CUGAAUUUUAAAUGAGUCGAGAGAAGUCAACCAAAUGCCCUGAAUUUUGCCUUAUUACAAACUCCCCCAAAUCCAAUGCAACAGAAGAAUAAAAUAAGUGCAAUCAGAGAAAAGAUAUUCGUACUAAUCCCAAUUUUUAAGUUUUCAUUUUACGGUCUUGUGAAGUUUAUGCAUCAGUCAGAUGCUGAGUGAUCACAGCCUGGAUAUCCGUUGUUGUCAGAAACGAGAGAUCUCACACAAACGAAUCAACGUUGAUUAGUUCGCAAAUUUCUGUGGAUGAAGAAAUCCAAGUUUCUAAAGAGCUCAAAGGACUUGCUCUCUAGAAGCUUCAAUUCUUCCAAAUGCAAGACGUCGUUGAAGCUGGCAGCGUCGCGGCUCAAGUUGUUGAGGAACAAGAAGGAAGCUCAGGUGAAUCAGAUGAGGAGGGAAAUUUCACUCUUGCUCGAAUCUGGACAAGAUCAAACGGCUCGAAUCCGAGUUGAGCACGUGAUUAGGGAAGAUAAGAUGAUGGCUGCAUUCGAUCUCAUCGGAAUAUACUGCGAACUUAUUGUUGCAAGGCUGCCUAUUAUUGAAUCUCAAAAGAGUUGCCCCGUUGACCUGAAAGAGGCAAUUGCAAGCCUAGUCUAUGCUUCCCCGAGAUGUGGAGACGUACCUGAACUUGUAGAAGUCAAGAAGCAUUUUACAGAGAAAUACGGAAAAGAUUUCAUAGCUAGAGCCAUAGAACUUCGUCCAGAGUGUGGUGUCAGCCGUAUGAUGGUUGAUAAGUUAUCUGUAUUGGCGCCUGAUGGAGAGACCAAAACUAAAAUUUUGAGAGCGAUAGCAGAGGAGCACAACGUCAAAUGGGAACCUAAAUCAUUCGAGCAGAACAAUGAACCAGCCAGUGAUUUGCUGAGUGGACCAACUGCUUUCGUGAAGGAGAGUGACCGCCUCCCUGAACCUUCUCGUAGCAACCAGUUGCAUGAUUCAACCUUGCACUUCACCCAGGCCGAUCAUAGAACCUCACCGGGAACAGAAAGGCCCGACUCUCCCCAAGUAUCUGGUUUUAACUCAGGUGGUGAGAGGACACAAUUUUUUCAAGGAGAUAGUAAUGGUAUUCCCCGCGAUGGACAGAAGUGGAACAUGAAUUUCACGGAUGCUACCUCCGCUGCACAGGCAGCUGCUGAGUCUGCUGAACUAGCAAGCAUGGCUGCUAGAGCCGCUGCAGAGCUAUCUAGUCGUGGAAGGAUUUCGAGGCAGUACUCUACUGAAUCACAUAAAUCGGAUGAUCAUUCUCCAAGAGGCGGGGGACCUGACACAUACAUGAGGUCAAACAUAUCAUUUUCUGAACAUAUUAGGGUACAGAGUGAGCAAAUGGAUAAGGGGAACCUUAACAAUAUUGGUGGAAGAUUGGGGGCUGGUCAUGAUAGUAGAAAAGAUUACAGCCACUCGUCUUCUUUAAAAUCUAGAGCUUCAACUGAUGGUUCAGUGGAGCGUGGGGUGCCAGUCGUAGAUAGGUAUUCUCGAAAGAACUCAUUAAAUGAGGCCUAUGGAGGUGAAAGGAGUAAAAAGCAGUCCUUCAAGCAUCAGGCUGAGACGACGGGGAAACAACAAAGUUUUAUUGCAAGUCAUUCUAGCAUAUCCAAUAAUGUGAACGCAUUCUCAAACCCGAAAGAUGAAGAUUUUGAGUAUGAUGGUGGUGAGAGCUCUUUUGUUAGUUUUGGAAGGGCCAUCGAUGAAGAGCCCUCCCAUGGAUCUGAUUUAGUUUUCGACAAAUCUGAUUCAGAUGCUGAAAAUUAUGGAUUUGAUAGAAGGCCUACAUAUGAUGAACCACAGCAGAAGUUCAAAAUGCCACUAUCAAGCCACAGAACACAUGAGCACCUUUCAACCAACACUGCUUUUUGGAGUCCUAAAUCUACAUCUAGCAAGCCGGAGAAGCCAUCUUCAUCCGGAUUUUUAAAUAGAAAGAGCUCGUAUUCUGAUUACCCCGAGUGGUCUAUGCAUGGCUUGAAACUGGACGACUCCACAGCUGCGACAUUUGAUGAAUCAGAUGGGCAAACUUCUGAGUUCAAGGAUAAAAGUAUGCCUCAAUAUGAUCAAGAACAAGUGUCACUUUCUUCUGACUACGAGUCUGAGGAAACAGACUGUGAAAGAAACCAAGGGAAAAAGUUUGAUGCUGAUCCUCCUGCAAAGUUCAGUAAACAACCGAAUUUGUUAUUAGAAAAGAAUUGGACAGAGGUGAAUGAAAUUGUUAACUCGAGUCCUGAGAGAGAGGAAGGGUUGAAUUUCGAAAAACUCACAGGUGGAUUUCGACAUAAAGGAUACAACUAUCCAUCUCUCGGGAAGAAACAAUUUGACAUGUCGUCAUCCAAGAAUGAGAGUCCUAGGACGGAACCUAAGAAUAGAAUGCCUGAUCGCUGGUCUACACCAGAUACUGACAGUUCAGGCGAAGAAGAUUCGUUGCAGCCGAGUUUGGACCACAAACACAGAUUCUCUACUCUCAAUGGUGGGAAGGAUCUCAAAACCAAGCCUAGUUUUGCAGCUUCAAAUUCAGUGUUUGGAUCCAACGACAGUGAUUUGGACGAGGAUGAACCCCUUAGACGAAGAACAAGCCAUCUGCAUAGUGGAAUCUCUCGAAGAACAAAAGCAGUCCCUUCUAACCAAGAAACGGAAAAGAAGUCCACGCUGCAGCUCAGAUCAAAAGCAGAUAAUGGCAUGGAUGGAAAAGCCACCACCUCUACCAGUUCUGAAUCUCCAAAGAGAUACUACGAGACUAAGAGGACCUCGAGUAAAUUGGAAAACCGCAAACAGCAUAUGGAGCAAAAACCAGCCUCAGCAGAACCUCAACAACAGUUUGAGUCAUUUAAGGGAAAUGCUCAUCUGUCCAACUCAUCAAAAGUGGCUACUAAGCCCGCGAAUUCAAAUGCGCGUGGAUUGUUAUAUCAACGCGGUUCAGAAAUGGCAGAUUCUGGGAGUGUGCAAGAAUCUAAUCUUAGUGCAGAACAGUACUCUCUUCCCCUGAGAAAGACUGAGCCAAAUCCAAAGAUGCUAAAUAAGACUUCCUCAAACACGGACUUUACUAACCAGAAAACUAGCCAUGUUCAUCCGAAGCUUCCUGAUUACGACAACUUCGUUCAGUUCUUUCAGAAGAACCGUUCUUGAAGUUGUUCCAUUGAUUUUUUGGACGUAAUUUAUUAGUGAGCGGAACAAGGGAUUGUCGUGGGAAGAUGGUCAGGUCAAGCUCAUGAAUGCUUGUGAAUAUAUACAUAUGGUCAUGUAAAUUCGAGUUUUUCUACAGUUUGCGAGUUCUAAUUCCAUAAAUGUCCCACCAUGUUUGCAGUUAGAUGCUUUCUAUGAGACUCUUCCUAUGUCAUACUUUGCCAUAUCAUAUUUGUUUGUUUAGGUGUAUCUAAUUGAACAUUUUAUUCAAUAUUUUUGCUGGAAUAUAUGGAUUUCAGCUGUGCA